CAGAUUACUGACAGCCAGCAGUGAGUAGAUGUACUCCACGGACCCUGCUCAGCGCUGCCCAGAGCCUUCAGUGUCUGCUGCACCAGGACUUAUUUUUAUUUUGACCAUUUUAAAGUGCCACACCGUGUCUGUCUCGAAUAUCGGAUUCUGGAAUGACGAUCUACUCCGCCAUUACAGUGGAGUUACUGGCCAAAAGACAGAGAAGAGGAAGUCAAAGAAUGAGAACAGGAUGUUUCUCAAUCCCUGGUUCAGUUUGUGAUGGUGCAGAAAGAUCAGCAGCACAGAGGCUGAAAGCUCAGGAUGGUACCUCGUGAUAAAAAGGUUCUCUGGAGCUUCAUGUUCCUUCUGGCAGGAGCCAUGGCCCCAAACAUUCAGUACCCGUUUACAUCUACCUGUGCAGUGACUGGAUCUACUGUCAUUCUGCCCUGCUCCUUCACACCUAAAAAAUAUUUCAUUAAGAGUGGAACAAAGAUUCCUCUGAAGGUCACCAGAGCUCGCUGGUGUAUAAAUCAUCCGGUCUGUCAGACAACAACGCCGUCUUUGUAUGACAGCGAUUCAAGAAACAAUGAUCCUCGAUACCGGUACCUAGGAGACCUGGAGGGAAACUGCACCCUGAUGAUACGAGGCGUUGGGAUGCAGGAUAACGCAACCUUUCGCUUCAGGAUGGAAGCUAAUAAUACUGCCGGACACUUCACAAACCCAAUGGGAGUCAGCAUCACAGUUGUUGAGGCGAUCAAAAUGAAGAUCAACAGCUCCGAUCAGAACAACAAGUUCAGCAGCGGUCAAGCAAUCUCCCUGCAAUGCACCACUUCACGCUGUACUUUCAAUCACCUGGAGGUCACCUGGCACAAAGACGGCCACACCCUCUCAGAAAAUGGCUCCACCCUCCAUCUCAGCACCCUGACAGCAAAGGAUUCUGGGAACUACACCUGUGCUCUAACAAGUAACAUUGUGAUGACCCAGUCAGAGCCAUUCAGCCUGCAGGUGGAAGCAGAGGAGGAAGCCUCUAACCUGCCCCUGAUUGCUGGUGUGGUGUUUGGAGUCCUGCUGGUGGUCACCACCCUCAUACUCUUCAUCUUCAUCAUUAAAAGGAAGCGAACAUCACCAGAGAGUCUGAAUACUGCGGGAGGAGAACCAGGGAAGAAGAAUGCUGAUCACAUCCCCAGCAGCGUCCUGCCGCCUCCACGGGAGGAGGCAGGAUAUCGGAGGCAGGAAACCGGCCAAGAGGCGGAGGAGGUCAGCUACGCCUCAGUCCAGUUCAAACAGAACCAGCAGAACAGAAGAAAAGCAGAAGAAGAACCUGAUCUGACCAUCUACUCUUCAGUAACCACCAGAGGCUGAGGUCAGACCCCACAUCCACCCACCAGGACCAACGCUGUGACCACAACAGGAUCCGAGCUCUGUCAAUAUUUUAUCAUGAUUGUUGCUUUGAUAACUUUGCUUUCGCCGCACACAAACAAAAGUCUCACCUCAAAGCGAAAGAAGAAGGAUGCUUCCGGAUGAGGUCUGCUGCAGAUUGGACCCACAGCCCUCAGCUUCUCUUUAUCAUGUUUCAUUACUGGUGCAGCUAGAACAGGCGUCUGCAACCUGUGGCUCCAGAGCCGCAUGUGGCUCUUUACACCUUCAGCUUUGGCUUUUAAAAACUUGGUCAAUGUUUAUAAAUGUAAAAGUAAUUUAU